CCUCUCUCCCGCGCGAGCGCGGGGUGCGGAGCGCGCGCCUGCAGGAGCCUAGCUGCAAGGGCGGCGGGGUACGGGGACGUCUGCGGGAACGCUCAGGUCGGCCCGGCGCUCCCACCCCUCCCAGCCUCACGUAGCAGGGGACCCCAUUCCUGAGGAACUCUAUGAGAUGCUGAGUGACCACUCCAUCCGCUCCUUUGAUGACCUCCAGCGCCUGCUGCACGGAGACUCCGUAGACGAAGAUGGGGCUGAGCUGGGCCUGAACAUGACCGGAACACACACUGGAGCCGAGCCAGAAAGCGCAUCUCGAGGGAGGAGGAGCCUAGGCUCCCUGGCAGCCGCAGAGCCUGCCGUGAUCGCGGAGUGCAAGACGCGCACGGAGGUGUUCCAGAUCUCCCGGAACCUCAUCGACCGCACUAACGCCAACUUCCUGGUGUGGCCGCCCUGCGUGGAGGUGCAGCGCUGCUCCGGCUGCUGCAACAACCGAAACGUGCAGUGCCGGGCCUCGCGGGUGCAGAUGCGGCCUGUUCAGGUGAGAAAGAUCGAGAUUGUGCGGAAGAAGCCAGUCUUCAAGAAGGCCACAGUGACCCUGGAGGACCACCUGGCCUGCAAGUGUGAGACGGUAGUGACCCCUCGGCCUGUGACUCGAAGUCCUGGGACAUCCCGGGAGCAGCGAGCCAAGACACCUCAGACUCGGGUGACCGUCCGGACGGUGCGAAUCCGCCGGCCCCCCAAAGGGAAGCACCGAAAAUUUAAGCACACGCGUGACAAGAAGGCACUGAAGGAAACCCUCGGGGCCUAGGGGCACCGGCAAGAGUGUGGGCAGGGUUAUUUAAUAUGGUAUUUGCUGUAUUGCCCCCAUGGGGUCCUUGGAGUGAUAAUGUUGUUCCCUCGUCCGUCUGUCUCGAUGCCUGAUUCGGACGGCCAAUGGUGCUUCCCUCACCCGCCUGCCCGGCCACCUCCACCAGCAGCAGUCAGCCCGCCCUGCGGCUCCAGAGGAAAACAAAGGACUCCGCUCCAUGCUGCUUCUUCCCUUGACCCCAAGAACCUGGGACAAGUGUGCGGAGCCUCACGGGGGACUGUGGACUGGUCCCUGGAGCUUGGCACUUGGCCUGAGGACGUCUAGCAUGUCCUGCCUGGUUCCCGGAGCCCUGGCCAGCCAGCAGGGAACACUUUCAGGCAGGCUAGGGUCCCUUGUAGUCCCGCGGCCAGGACCCCAUGGGAAGCACAGACUGGAGGAAUCCUCAUGGCACCCAGACCUGCCACUCACCUCUCUCCCCACCCCCUCAGCCCACAGCGGCUUUUCAUUUUAUAAGUAUGAAAUCCUGGAAGACAUGAACUCCUCUGGGCAGAUGGCCACACGCCUUCUCUGAUGGAUUAGAGGUGCAGCGUGCUUGUGACCUGGGCCAUGUCCCCUGCCUCUCUUCACCUCCCUACAUUUACUUCUCUUUCAUUUCUCUACCUCCACUCAGUCUUCUUCCUCAUAUGCCCUUCCGUCCGCUCGGCCAGCGAGUGCUUGGAUCCUGACUGAGGCUCUGAAUGACCCUGUCCGUCCUCCUUGGGGCAGAAAACAUGUCUGUUAAGGUUGCGUGAGAUUAUGGCCAGUGCACGUGGAGAAUUCUGUGCAUCCCCUAUGUAUGGCCAAUUUGUCUAUUAUGGAUUUCUGCCAGAUGUAGGUCAAGCCUCAGAGGAAAGGGAGCCUUGCUUCUAAUUCAUACCAAGGCCCUGUGUGGACGGGCUGUGUGUGCCCUGAUCCAGCCUGAAGCUCAUUGUGAGCCUGUGGUGCUGGGGAAGCAACGCUGUUUUUUGUUUUUGUUUUUGCCCAUUGCCUCCACUUCCUGGGUCUCAGCUCCAGCUGUUCCUGUCCUGGCAGGUGUGGGACACUAGGAGAUCUCCAAGGGAGGGGCAGCCCUCACUGCCCUCUCAGCCCUCAGCAAGAUUGAGGUGAUGUGCCCAUCUUCCUCCUCACCUUUCCCUGCACUUCUCCCCCUCCCCCGUCCUAGGUCCGCUUCCUUUGUAAAGUCGGUGAUUAUAUUUUUGGGGGCUUUCUUUUUAUUUUUUAAAUGUAAAGUUUAUUUAUAUUCCGUAUUUAAAGUUGUAAAAAAAAAAAGCCACAAAACAAAACCGAGUGAAU